AUGACUGAAGAUUCACACCACCACAAUCACCACCACCACCACCACCACCAUCACGGUGCAAAUCACAGCCACCAUCCUGAUAAUGAGGCCUUCACUGAAGCAAAUCGCACACACUGGAAUGACUUUGCCUCACGAUACACAUCGGAACCGUGGCAACGAGACCUCCUCAACAAAGUGACUGCCUUCAUCCACCAGCAUGUGAACUGGAUUGGUGUGGACUUCAUCGACCCCUCGACGACCUUUCAAACCCAAUCACCAGCAUCGGCGGCCACACGACAGAUCCGCGUCCUGGACUAUGCAUGUGGGCCUGGAACCAUCACGCAUGCCCUCGCGGCUCGCGCAACGGAAUACAUUGGUAUCGAUCUCAGCGAGAACAUGGUCAAGGCCUACAACGUGCGCUUCAACCCCGACCCCGCUACCGCCGGCGCCCCCUCGUCAUCCGCAGCGGAUGGAUCAGCCGGACUGGACGACAGAGUCGACGACACACUGACCGCCCACGCCGUGGUCGGCAACCUUCUUGACCCCAAGGACCCCUCCCCGUCGCAUCUCUCUUCUCCCGAAUUCUUCAACUUCGAUCUGGUGGUCGUGGGCCUGGGCUACCACCAUUUCCAAGACAUCCCGCUCGCCACGAAACGGCUCGUCGAGAGACUCCGGCCAGGUGGGAUCUUUCUGAUCUUGGACUUCGUCACGCACGCCAUGGAGAAGAGUUCGGAUCCCGUGAUGCAGCGGAGCGUGAACACGGUCGCCCAUGCGGGGUUCAGCGAGGAGGAAUUGAGGAGCUAUUUCGAGGACGCGGGAUUGACGGAUUUUCGAUUGUGA